AUGUCAACUCAACGUGUUCCUUUGGUACAUUUCAGGCAAACUUAUUUUCCUGAGACUAUUUUUGGCGAUUCGCUUGAUCUCAGAGAACCAACUGUGGUAAGCGAGAUUUUUAAUUAUGAUUAUUUUUUCCUGGAAUUUGUUUUCAGGAAGUCAAAAACAACUUUGCUGUUCCAUUUAUUCCAUUUCAUCGACGAUGUCAACCAUUGUCCCAUAAACAGUGUAAGUUAGAAAAUGGGGUACUGUAAAAAUUUUUGAGAAAAAUAGUAUUGGAAAGAAACAUUAAAAUAUUUUAUUUACAGGCAAAGCCAAGGAGAAGAAAACCUCGAAAGAUGCACCCAACAAUGACAAACUUGUAAGCAAAAAAGUCAAUCGAAACUUUUAACCAUUAUUAUUAAUUUCAGAUAAAAAUCUUCACAGAAAUCGGAAAAGAGCUUCGCGAAGUUGUGCAUCUUCGAAACUUUCUGAAUUCCAUCAAAAAAUAA